GUCUUCUCUGACGUCUGUGAAUACCGUGUAAGCUCAAAGGGCGGAGACGGCACAACCGCCUUGCCUUUCCCACCGACAGCGCAGACGAGCUACGGACCAACUGAAAAGGCUGUGGAAUAUGGGGUGGAAACCUUACCGCGCCAACUGCAUCCCUUCCUUAAGAGUCCAAAAGGUUUCGUGGAGUUGCGCUUCAUCGCCAGCGAGCCGGAUGGCAAGAUUCCUCGCCUGACAGCACGUCUCCGGUCCGUCUCCGUGAAGGCCGAGUACAUGGAAGACUGCAUUCUUCUGCGCGAUAUCGAAGCCUCCCUGCCCACCACAGGGGUGUCUGUGCUCACUGGCACUGGGCCGUGCAUUCCAAUGUCUGUCCUGAAUGCUUACUUGCCGGAACCCGGAGAGUACGCGCUCGAGGUGUACGCGGCACCGACGGACACGGAUGAACCCACGGCCUAUCAUUUGUGUCUUGAAGAGUAUCAAUGCAAGUUUCAAACUGGUGUACCUCAGAAUGCUGUUAUGAGCCCUAAUCACGUUAUGUUUCCGUGA